GUCAACUCAAUCUCUGUUUCGCUCCCAAGUCUCUUCUGACGUUAACAUUCAUGCAAGCACGCUCAGUCGCUCAGCUCCCAUAUAUAUUCCGAUCCCCUUCUUCUAUCUAGCCCGCCGGCCGGCCGCAUUCCGGCAGACAGUCAAAGAACAUCAGUCAUAACAGCAAAUCGAUCUUCUUCUAACAAAUAUGGCUUCUAUGCACUUGUACUACUCUCUCAUCUUUCAUUUGGCUCUAAUCUCCCCACCGGUAAUAGGAGGAGCUCUAGAAGCUCCUCCACCUCCGCCGGAACUGGUGUUCAACUCUUUCGCGGCACUCAUUAUACUCUCCUUCAUCGGUUUGGUUAUAAUCAUUUGCUUCAUCAUCGCCAUCUACGCUCGGUGCUGCACCACCGAGCGCAACAUGGGUCUCGACCUCAUUGAAGGCGACUCUCGGAGGCGGCGUAGACGCCUCCGCCGGUCUACGGCCUACGGGCUUGACCCGCAUUUCAUCGACACCUUCCCGACUUUCCUUUACUCCGACGUCAAAGGACUCAAGGUCGGCGGGAAGGGGCCGCCACUGGAAUGCGUGGUGUGCUUGAACGAGUUCGAGGACGACGACUCGCUCCGCCUACUCCCCACAUGCUCUCAUGUGUUCCACCCGGUUUGCAUCGACGCAUGGCUUGCGACACACGUCACGUGCCCCGUUUGCCGCACGAAUCUCCUUCCGACGGGCCCGGGGAGGAGGCGGAUCACUUUACUGAGUCAUAACCCGGCCAUUGACUCGCCCGUCUAUGAACAAGUUCAUUACUCUGGCAACGGGGAGAUAAACGGUGCCUUGCCCACCCCAACGGGAAGGUCGACGCCGAAACGGCAUCGGAUUAUCACCGGGAAAUUCUCCCGGUCUCACACAACCGGUCAUCACUGUGACUCGCUGCUUCGACCGGGAGAAAAUGUAGAGCGGUUCACGUUGAGAAUACCGGAAGAGGUAAGAAACCGGUUGGUGAACGCCAGCCUGAGAAGAAAUCGGAGUUAUGCGGACUUGCCGGCUGGCGAAAGAAGUUGGAGGAAGGGGUAUAGAAGUAAAAGCAGUGGGGCUGGUUUGGGAAGAUCCAUCAAUGGAAAGUUGGGGUACACGCCACUGUUGUCAAGGGAUGAGCGUGGCGGCAGAGGGGAGGAAUUGACGGCGGUUCCGGUGAGUUUGAUUAGGACCGUCAAGGCACCUCUUGAUCGUUUCAUCAGUGGGGCGGAAAACGAUAGUGUUGAGGAACAAUCUCUCAAUCAACUUUUGCCCUCAUGAUAACCGGAUUUAACAGAAAUUUAUUGCAAUAAUUUUGUAAAUUUGUAGAUGGGGUGUUAUUAAAUAAUAAUGAAUUUGUCCAUAUGAAAUACUACGUAUUUGAUUGAGAUUGUGUCAUUUAAUUUCAUCAAAUAUCUUAUCGAUUAAUUAUACUGUUCC